AUGAAGUUUCUCAAUGUAUCUUUGAUCACGACAACUCUCAGUCUAUUCACAUCAUUUGGUGCGGCUCAAGCCGACGAUGAAGAUACAUUGAUAUAUACAUGUUCUAGUGUUAAAUUUUACUUAGAAAGUGUUUGCCUAUCCGCUAUGAGAGUACUCGAACUAGGUCGGCGCACUAUUGAUGGCUACCCUACGCUUUAUAAUGCUGAAGGCUUGAAUGGUUCUAUCCCGCAUAAAUUGUUUCCUAUGAUUCCUGGUGUUUUAGUUUUCAAUGGGCGAAAUCUGCAAUUUUUCUUAAUUGUGGACGGCGCGGGUCAUCCUCAGGGCAUGGUAUAUCUUUAUCGGGAGGGGGACUAUUCUCAACACCUGUCAGCGGUGUCCCCUACGAACCUCCAGCUCUCACUGUAG